AUGGAGACCGCUCAACUCAAAGUGGAACCAACUGAACUCAAGCAGAGCUUCAACGACGCAAUCGAAGAGCAGGAAUUGUCUAAUUUGAUCAGUGCAUAUGUUUUUUCUCAUGACAAGUGUUUUGGAAGUAAAGCUGGGAGGAAAGACGACUUGGCCUGGGAGAGUUUAUUUGAUGCCGCUGGUGUCUCUGAGCUUGGGCCUAUUGGGACACACGAGGGUAGAGAAGGGAAGAUGGCCUGGGCACAGCAAGCCCUAGGAGGACGUGGCCGAGGAUGCCAGAUCCGGUUGUUUGACACCAGAGUUCACUUGGAUGAAUCUGAAUCUGACCUGGCUACUGGCUGCUCACACGCAACCAUAGAUGUAUUCCCUGAUGAUGAAUCCAAGUUGAUAUCUAUAAGAGGAAACUAUCGCUGGGUUUUUAAAAAGGUGGAUAGCGUCUGGAAAAUUACCCACGUUAAACUGUGA